AUUGGACUUGUCUCUGGCCGAAUGAAUGGAAUAAUGGCUUCAAAAUACUCUAUAAAAAUAAAUUGGAAAUCACACGUCAAUUAUCAUUUAAAAACAACCUAAAUCCCCCAGCUACUGGAGAAAUCAUAAUCCUAUACUAAAGGAACAUCUAAAUUCAUUGCGAAGAGAAGAAAAUGAAUGCCAUGGUGAACCUUUUAAUCCUUCUGACAUGUUCUUUCUGCCUUUACCUCCUCAUUUCUCUACUCAAGGUCCUCUACAAAUACUGGUGGAUACCUCUCCGUAUACAGCGUAUACUGAAUUCCCAGGGAAUUAAAGGACCUCCGUAUCAAUUCAUCCAUGGGAACAACAAAGAAGUUGCCAAAAUGUUGAAGAUAGCAUUAAGCAAGCCCAUGGGCUUGAGACAUGAUAUAUUUCCCAGAGUGCGGCCUCAUAUGUACUCCUGGUUCAACAGAUAUGGGAAGAAUUAUCUUUGUUGGGACGGUGUUCAAGCUCAACUGGUGAUUUCAGAACCAGAACUAGUCAAAGAGAUUCUCAAAAAUAGUGAAAAUACUUUUCCAAAAAGGAACCCUACAAUUUAUGGUAGCAAGCUACUGGGGAACGGACUUGUGGCAGCUGAGGGUGAAAAAUGGGCGAAGCAGCGAAAGCUGGCCAAUUACGUUUUUCAUGGUGAGAGCUUAAAGAACAUGACGCCAGCAGUAAUUGCUAGCAUUGAAACAAUGCUAGAAAAGUGGAAAGGGCAAGAAGGCAAAGAGAUCGAAGUGUUCCAAGAAUUUAGAUUGUUGACUUCAGAAGUGAUAUCAAGAACAGCUUUUGGCAGCAGUUACUUGGAAGGGGAGAAGAUUUUUGACAUGUUGAAGAAAUUGUCAAUAAUUGUGAGUCGAAAUCUUUUGAAGGAUAGAAUUCCUGUCAUCAAGUAUUUCGCGAAAAGUGCUGAUUUUCUAGAGUCAGAAGAACUUGCAAAAGGAAUACAAGAUUCUGUGAUGGAGAUUGUUAAGAAAAGAGAAGACAAAGUUGUGAGUGGAGAAGCUGACAGUUUCGGCAGUGAUUUUCUGGGGUUACUUGUGAAUGCCUAUCAUGAUUUAGACGAGAAAAACAGGCUUUCAAAGGAGGAUUUGGUAGGUGAGUGCAAAACAUUCUACUUUGCUGGACAGGAAACUGUUAAUUCCUUGCUUGCCUGGACAGUCUUGCUUUUAGCAAUCCAUAGAGAUUGGCAAGAGAAAGCAAGAAGAGAGGUGAUUGAGAUUUUUGGUAACCAAAAUCCACAUUCUGAAGGCAUUGCCAAACUUAAAACUAUCACCAUGAUCAUUAAUGAAACUCUAAGAUUGUAUGGUCCUGCACAUAGCCUGAUGAGAAAAGUUGGAAGAGAAGUUCAAUUGGGAAAGCUAGUGCUGCCUGCUAAUAUAGAGCUUGUAAUCUCAAUCAUGGCACUUCACCAUGACCCUCAAUUAUGGGGAGAUGAUGCGCACCUUUUUAAACCAGAGAGAUUCAAGGAAGGGAUUGCCAAAGCUACCAAAUACAAUGCCGCUGCAUAUUUUCCCUUUGGAUUGGGAUCUCGAUCUUGUGUUGGUAUGACCUUUGCAACCACAGAAACAAAGACUGCUCUUUCGAUGGUUCUACAACGCUAUACCAUUACCCUUUCCCCUGCCUAUAUCCACUCACCAAUAAUUCUUCUCACCCUUCAGCCACAACAUGGAAUUCAAGUAAUACUCCACUCACUGCAUGAUGAUGCUUAAAAUUGACAUGAUGAUGCUUAAAGUAGGCAUAAUGAUGCUUAAACUAGGCAUGCAGCUGUUAAUCUCCAAGAUGGUAAAACAUGCAAUCAAUAAAAAAUGAGUAUUGGUUUUUAGUAAUGUUGAUCAAUUUACUAUUUUUACUAGUUAUGUCAUACUUGUGUAGGUGAUUUCAUGUGUUGGCUACAAAAAAAUCACUAGAUUAUGUUAUACAAUCAGUCCCAAUUGAAAUGAAAUAGUGCAUUGCA